AUGUCGAAGCAAAACAAGACGACUAUGAUUACGGUGGCUAACUGGAACCGCUACGAGAUCACAUUCGAGGGUGAACCUGGUGCCGCGAAAGAAGUUGUUGUGCAAAUAGCUAAGCAAGUGCUUACAGCCAGCCCUGAUUUCCUGUCCUUCGAGAUAUCGCCGUUCAUACGCGCCGCUCUUCGUACUUUCGCAACCUCGACACUGUCAUUCUUCAGAGGAUCAGGACGUGGUGUGAACAACGUGAUGUACCAGGUGUGGGACGCUGUACGAGCCAAUAUUCCAGUCAGCAUUGAUCAACUCGAGUACCAGCUGUUGAAGUUUUAUCCAAAAAGCCAAGGAUUGAAAGGCAAGUCGUCGGCGACCCCUUGGGUCAUGCCCGAGCUGAUCAACGGUUUCGAGAAACAUAUUCCCGCUGCCGGUCACAACAUUUGUGAUGAGCUUGACAUCGAUAUUAACAAGAGAUCAAAUCCUUUCCUCCCAGCCGAGGACCAGGUCAUCUUUCUCGUUGCUACUCAAUACGUCCAGGGCAUACAUUAUGGUCGAUGGUCUCGAAUUGCUAUCGCCAGCAAAGUCGCGUGGCAUCUGGCUGGCGCCACGCUGAAUGCGUUCCGAUUGCGUUCGGCCAACCUAGCCAAGUCGGCGUCGCUGUUGCGUCAAUACAAGAAGCAAUACAAGGACGAAUACCUGGUGGCUAUCUCAGAGACCGCUGCUGGAGAGGACACGGCAAAGAAGUCCAGCGUGGAGAAGAAGUCCAAGGCAAAGAAAGAGAAGGAGGGUGUAGCAAGCGUGGACGAGUAUGAUAUCCGCAAUGGCAACGACAGUGGCUCCUAG